AUGAUCCCAGAAACCACAUCAGCAUCCCCUGAUUCAAUCAACAUGUUGUUCCGUCUUCUUCUCGCCGCCACUAUCUUGGUUGUCGCCGCCAAUUCGCAAGGCCUUAUGGCCAUCUGUAUGCAAUACUGUGCAUCAAUUCAAGGAUCGAUUCUUAUGACAACUGCGCUCCAUGGAACAGCUACGAAACCCAUCAAAACAAGACUUGUUACAACCUCUGCGUGCAUAACUGUGCCACUGUUUACGAGGGAUCGUGCAUGA